CCGCCCCGCCGCCGCCAUGUCGCGGCGCCCGGUGCCGGCGUGAGCGCUGCGGGACGGCCCCCGGGGGGCGACGGCCGCGGCCAUGCGGGUGCUGCGGGGCUGCUGCGUCGUGCUGCUGGCGCUGGGCGAGUGGCUGCGGGCGGGCGGCGUGGUGCCGCUGGCCGACUUCUACCCGUUCGGGCCGGCGCAGGGCGACGCCGCCACGCUCAAACAGGACGACGGCGGCUCCGAGCUGCGGCCGCUCUCCGUGCGCUUCCCCUUCUUCGGAGCGGGGCACACCGGGCUCUACGUUAACAACAACGGGAUCAUCUCCUUCCUGAAGGAGGUCUCCCAGUUCACGCCGGUCGCCUUCCCAAUCUCCAAGGACCGGCGCGUGGUGGCAGCUUUCUGGGCAGAUGUGGACAACCGGCGGGCGGGCGAUGUGUAUUACCGGGAGAGCCGAGACCAGGCCAUUCUGGAGCGGGCGACCAGGGACAUCGCGCAGUAUUUCCCCGAGUUCCCCGAUUUCUCCGCGCAGUGGGUGUUCAUCGCUACCUGGUACCGGGUCACCUUCUUCGGGGGAAGUUCGUUUUCACCGGUAAACACUUUCCAGAUUGUCCUCAUCACGGAUGGCAAGCUGUCCUUCACCAUCUUCAACUAUGAGUCCAUCACCUGGACCACGGGUAUGCACGCCAGCAGUGGGGGGGACUUUGCUGGGCUUGGCGGCAUCGCAGCGCAGGCAGGUUUUAACGCCGGUGAUGGAAAGCGCUACUUCAACAUCCCUGGAUCCCGCACCGAUGACAUCGCUGACGUGGAGAUGACGACAAAUGUGGGUAUCCCCGGGCGCUGGGUGUUCAGAAUCGAUGAUGCCCAGGUGCAAGUGGGGGGCUGCAGCAAUACAACCUCCGUGUGCCUGACGCUGCGGCCCUGCCUGAACGGGGGGAAGUGCAUUGAGGACUGCAUCACGGGGAACCCCUCCUACACCUGCUCCUGUCUCGCAGGCUUCACGGGGAAGAGGUGCCACGUCGACGUGGACGAGUGUCUCUCCCACCCGUGCCAGAACGGAGCCACCUGCAUCAACGGCGUCAACAGCUUCAGCUGCCGGUGCCUGCCGGGCUUCAGAGGUGCCAGCUGCGAGAUGGAGGAGUUGCCAUGCGAGACCAAGGUGUGCCAGAACGGCGGGACGUGCCAAGAGACAAACGGGACGGCGGCAUGCGUGUGCCAGCCGGGGUACGCGGGAGGAGACUGCGAGACAGAGGUGAACGAAUGCGAGUCCAGCCCUUGCCUGAACGGAGGGCACUGUGUCGACCUGGUUGAUAACUACACGUGCGUGUGCCUGGAGCCCUUCGUGGGACAGCGCUGCGAGAUAGGUGCUUGGUGCCCCCGCGCCCGGGGCAGCCCACGACAGGGCCGAGGCUUUGUCCCCACUGCCCCUCUCUGGAGGCCCGGCUCACCGCAUCCUCCUCCUCCUCCAGACCCCUCCUCCUGCGAGGACCGGAGCUGCAGGAACCGUCAGACGUGCAACUACAUCCGCCCGGGACGCUACAUCUGCACGUGCUCCCCGGGCUAUUACGGCAACAACUGCCAGUACGGUGGCCCCCGGGUACCCGGCGCCUGCCUCUCCAGCCCCUGCCAGAACGGGGGCAGUUGCCUGGAGCUGGAGCAGGGCUAUGCCUGCGACUGCCAGGAGGGCUACAGCGGGCAGGACUGCCGCGACAAGCUCUCUGAGGGCUGCGAGUGUCGUAACGGAGGCAGCUGCCUGGAGGGGAACGUCACCAUCUGCCAGUGCCUGCCGGGGUAUUUCGGUCUCCUCUGUGAAUUCGAGGUGACCGCCACGCCGUGCAACGUGAACACGCAGUGCCCAGACGGCGGCUACUGCAUGGAGUAUGGUGGGAGCUACCUGUGUGUGUGCCACACCGACUACGGCACCAACCACACGGUACCUUCCCCCUGCGACUCCGAGCCUUGCCUGAACGGGGGGUCCUGCGAGGCUCAGGACGACUCCUACACCUGCGAGUGUCCCCCGGGCUUCCUGGGGAAGCACUGCGAGAGAGCCCGGCCGCGGCUCUGCAGCACAGCGCCGUGCCGCAACGGGGGCACCUGCAAGGAGUCCGACGGCGAGUACCACUGCACCUGCCCCUACCGCUUCACCGGCCGGCACUGUGAGAUAGGUAAGCCAGACCCCUGCGCCUCGGGGCCCUGCCAGAAUGGGGGCACCUGCUUCCACUACAUCGGCAAGUACAAGUGCGACUGCGCCCCGGGCUACGCCGGACGGCACUGCGAGAUCGUGCCAUCUCCCUGCUUUCUGAGCCCAUGUGAGAACGGUGCGACCUGUGAGGACCUCGGCGGGGACUUUGUGUGCACGUGUCCCGUGGGCUACACCGGGAAGCACUGCCGGACGGAGAUCGACUGCGGCGUGCCCAGCGCGGUGAAGCACGCCCAGGCCUCCUUCAACUCCACCACGGUGGGCUCGCUGGCUGAAUACCACUGCGAGCUGGGCUAUGCCCUCAGCCAGCACAACAGCCCCCGUGUCUGCCACUCGCAGGGCGUCUGGAGUGACCCCCCCGAAUGCGACGAGAUUGACGAGUGCCGGUCCCAGCCUUGCCUGAAUGGCGGUCAGUGCAAGGACCGCAUCGCUGAGUUCCUGUGCGUGUGCGAGCCAGGAUACGUGGGCCACCACUGUGAGUUGGAAGUUGAUGAAUGCCAGUCAGAGCCCUGCAAGAACGGCGGGACCUGCCGGGACCUCCCAGGCUCUUUUGUUUGCUUCUGUCCCGAGGGCUUCGUGGGGAUCCAGUGUGAGGAAGAAGUGGACGCCUGCGAGUCUGGCCCGUGCCAAAACGGAGGGGAGUGCGAAGGCUACCGAGGCUCCUACCUGUGUGUGUGCCCGGAGGGUUUCUUCGGUUACCAUUGCGAGACAGCCAGCGACCCGUGCUUCUCCAGCCCGUGUGGGAGCCGAGGCUACUGCCUGCCCAGCAACGGCACCCACAGCUGCACCUGCAAAGUGAGCUACACAGGCAAGAGCUGCGAAAAAGAAUUGCUGCCACCAACCUCAUUAAAGGUGGAAAGGGUGGAGGACACUGGUGUGUUGAUUUCUUGGCACCCGCCUGAGGACGCAGCCGCCAGGCAACUCAUUGACGGCUACGCCGUGACGUACGUAUCCUUCGACGGCUCUUACCGCAGGACAGAUUUUGUGGACCGAAGUCGUUCUGCCCACCAAUUGCGGGCACUAGCCUCCGGCAGAGCCUACAAUAUUUCUGUCUUUUCAGUCAAACGCAACGUGAACAACAAGAAUGAUAUCAGCAGGCCUGUCAUGCUCACCACGCGCACUAGACCGCGUCCGGUGGAAGGCUUUGAGAUCACGAACGUGACGGCCAGCACCAUCACGGUGCAAUGGGCUCUCCACCGGCUCAAGCACUCCACUGUCAGUAGGGUGCGUGUCUCCAUCCGCCAGCCUGGGGACCUGGAAGACCGCACGGUGGAGCUGAACAGCAGCGUGGCCAAGUACACCUUCCUGGACCUGCAGCCAGGAGAGCGCUACAUCGUCCACGUCACCACGCUGAGCGGCCUGGGGACAGAAGAUCACCCCUCGGAGAGCCUGGCCACGGCCCCCUUCCACGUGUGGACGAGACCUCUCCCGCCUCGAAACCUCACAGCCUCGCGCGUCACCCCCACCUCCGUGUCCGUGACGUGGGAGCAGCCGCCCGCUGGCGCCGUGGAGGGGUACAUCAUCAACGUCACCACCCUGCAGAGCGUCAAGAGCCGCUACGUGCCCAACGGCAAGCUCGCGUCCUACACCGUGCGGGACCUGCUGCCCGCGCAGCGCUACCGCCUCUCCGUGACGGCCGUGCAGAACACGGAGCAGGGGCAGGUGCACAGCGAGCCCAUCCACCUCUACGUCACCACCCUGCAGAGGGAUGGGGCUCCGGAGAGGCGCUGGAGCCAGGCUGGACACCCCCGGGUCCUGCGCAACAGGCUGCCCCCAGCCUUCCUGCCCGAACUCCGCUUGCUCGCAGACCACGACACGGCUGAGGAGCCCUCCCCAGCCCCCAGGUUCACUGAGCUGGUGGAUGGCAGAGGGAGAAUCAGCGCCAGGUUCGGCACUUUGCUGAGCAGAUCCAUCACCGUGAAGACACAGCCAGAGGCUCCCAUGAAGCUGGAGAACAUCGAGGAGCCUGCCCGGGGCAGUCUGGCGCUGCAGCUGCACGAGGCACAGAGCAAGAGCACCGGGCAGAACUGCUCUGCAAACCCCUGCAAGAACGGAGGCACCUGUGUGAGCGAGAGCGAGUCCUACCACUGCGACUGCAGCCCGGGCUUCAAGGGCAGGCACUGCGAGCUGGCCUGCAAGAAGGUGCCACACUCGUGCACGCGGCUGUACUCGGAAACCAAGUCAUUCCCCGUGUGGGAAGGAGGCACCUGCCACUACCUGUACAAGAGAGUCUACAAGGUACACCAGGAUGUCUGCUACAAGGAGAGCUGCGAGAGCACCGGUUCCAAGAAGCCAAGCAGCAGAAAACAAAGCGACAGUCACACACUGAAGAAGCCAUAGAGGUUCAAAGCAGUAGGAGCUUCGUCUUUCCACACCUAAGGGCUUUUGAAACACCAGGAAGAUCAGAUCUGCUCACUGGGUUGAACGCAGCAGGGGACCCUUCCUGCCUGGCGUCAGCCACUCCUUCUCCUCCAGCCCGUUAGGGACACGCAGCCAGAUCAGCACCCGAGCGGCGCUCCCUUCUCUCUGCCGGACCAGCAGUGCCUUCGCCCUGCCUUGCCUUGCUGCAGGUGCCCCUCUGCCCCAAGGAGCCGAGCGUGGUGUGCUGCAGCAGCCAGCUGCCUGCCCCCAGGGGGCCUGGCCCCACUCGGCCCCCACAGCCCUGAGCUCCCGGCUCUGCGAGCCCAGUUCCCUUCCACCAGCAUCUGCACCAACCUGUUUUCGUAACCCAAGGUUAUACGUUACAUAUAACCCCCAAAUAAACCAGUUUAAUGCAGACCAGAAGGCCUUAGCUGUCACCUGAAACCUGGCCCGCAGCCGGGUGGGGAGGUCUUCCCUACGUAUGUUCCCUAUGAGUUAGAAAUUGUGAGCCACUGCCCUGAGCAGCGAGGCGAGAGCAGGCAGUGGAGGCACGUCCCCGUACUGUAGCUGGGGGAGAGGGGAGAAUUAAGGCAGCUUCCCCUGCCUUCGUUUUUUUGUUUUGCUUUGUAAACGAGUCACGGUUUUAACCAAAUUCCCAGCUCAGAAAGUCAUAGAGCACCUAGAAGUUACUAAAAAGUGAUCUGUAGAGCAAAGAUUGUCAGCCAGGGUGUGCCACCACGCUUUCUGGUGCUAUGCGGCGCAGGGCACAGCAUCAGCUUGGCUGUCCCCCUGCACUGCCGGCGGUCCCCGCAUCGCCCUGCGGUGCCGAUGCCACCACGGCGCUGUUAGCGGCCCUGCAGUGGCUGCCCUACUGGCUGCUGCAGAGCAGGCAAGGAAAAGUUUAGCUUAGAAAUGUUCCUAGUUUUUUUUGUGUUUGUAUGACAAUGCUAGUUAAACAUAGAUUUGUGUAUUAACAUACACAGUGUAUAUUAUAAAUUAAUACAUACCAGAGAUAUAUCGUAGUUAUGGUAUAGAGUGUUAUUUCCCGAGCAGCGGAGGGGUGUCCCAGUGGGGCAGCCCCCCUCAGUGAGCAUCACAGGCACCUCUGUUGUUUGACCAGGCGUAGCCUUGAGGGUGUUCCCAUCGCAAAACCAGCCCAGGAGCUGCAGCGCUGCCGGCAGCGUCCUCUCCCUCCUGCGCGCUGCGUAAGUGCAGCCGCCACCGCCUGUGGCAGCAGCCCAGUGCUGGACAAUGCCCUGUGAGGCCAUGAGCAGGUGGACAGGGUGAGGCUUCCCACCAGCACUGGGGAUGGCUCCUCUGCCCCCAGAGACUCAGAUUCGCAGAGAGAGAGAGAGAGAGAGCACCCUAAUUUUUUUUUUGCUGAGGCUGCCUGAUCCUGCUCCCUGAAUCUGUGCUCCUGGGAUGUGGCGGGGCAAGUGCAGGAGUCCCGGACAUCCCUGGUGUGGGAGGAAAAGCUGCCCCUUACCUGGCAAGUGAGAACACCAGAGCAGCCUGUGCCAUCCCCAAGGGCAUUGGGCCAGAGCCUUCUCUUCACUCUGGGGCAAUGGUCAGAAUGUUUGCUCCCCUGCCACCGGCUGUGAAGGCGGGGAGCCCAAGGAUCCUCCCUGCAGUGAUUCGAAGUGCAGCCUCCCCCCAUCCAGCACAGUAUGUAACACAGCCAAAAGGAUUUAACCUUGUCUUUGAAAUAAAUUAGUUAUUUUGG